AUAAACAUGAGAGAAGGAGGUCUGCCUCUUUCUAUCUCUAGAGGUAGUCUUUGAACUGGAUUCUACAAACAAGCCCACGCAGGUAAAAGUAAAACCCUCCAUGCGUUAUUUUUUCCUCUCUGGUUUCACUGGCUUCGCAAACCCUAGAAAUUUUGAUUUCUAGGGUUUUUUUUCUUCCCAAUUUGGGGGUUUUAAUAUUAGGGCUUUUCAAUAUUCGGUGCAAUUAGGGUUUUCUUUGACGUUACUGACAUGGAUAACGAUAAAGCUAAGUUAUUUGUGGGAGGUAUAUCUCGGGAGACCAGUGAAGAAGCUCUCAAAGCUCACUUUGCCAAGUAUGGGACCGUUUUAACUUCUCAUGUUGCCAAGGACAAGAAUACCAGAAGCCCUAGAGGCUUUGGCUUUGUAACUUUCUCUGAUCCUACCUUCGCUGAUAAGGCCCUUCAAGACUCUCAUGUAAUACUAGGAAGAACGGUAGAAGUGAAGAAAGCUAUACCCAAAACUGUACAGUUGCAAUUACAGCAGCUUCAGCAGCAACAAUCCCCCAAUCAACAAAAGAGCAGUGGGUUCUCUGAGAAUAGUAGUAAUAGUAAUGGGAAUGAUUACUUUACAGCUAAAAAAAUCUUUGUAGGGGGUCUAUCAUCUAGUUUAACUGAGGAACAGUUUCAGAAUUAUUUUCAGAGCUUUGGUAAGAUAGUGGAUGUAGUUGUGAUGCAAGACAGCUUAACCAACAGGCCAAGGGGUUUUGGGUUUGUCACUUUUGAUUCCGAAGAAUCCGUGGAGAAGGUAAUGUUGAAUAGUUUUCAUGAGCUAAAUGGUAGGCUCGUGGAGGUUAAGAGGGCUGUGCCAAAAGAAUGUAUUAGUGGUAGUAACAGUAACCAUAUCACAAAAGGAGGCGUAAGAGGGCUUUCCACUAAGACUUCUCAACCUGGAAGUUAUGUUCCUUAUGGUCCUGGAUAUGAAAUUCUCCCAGGCUAUGUUCCACCUCCUGGGUAUAGUGGUGUUGGAGGGUAUAUUUGUGGAACAGGCUUCUUUGGUGGCUACCCUAUGGUAGGAUAUGGCAGACCUGACAUUGGUUUUACACCAGUUACCCCAAGGAGCCCUUGGAAUGGACCUGUGCUGAUUGGAGCCACAAUCUGUCCUUCACCUUAUAACAAUGGGUGUCUUUAUCCGGCUUACGUGAAUGGUGGUGUUAUGAUGGUGAGUGGAUACAAUGAAAAUGAUGGGCCUAAUGGGAAUGGGAAACUGAACGAGGUUUUUGGUGGCAAUGAACAGCUGCCAUCUAAUGCUACACUGCCUCCAAUAGAAGGCAUAAAGUUAGGAGAUGAUUCUUCAGGUUUGAAUGGUAGUGACGGUGGUGCUUCUAUCUAACAAAAUUGAAUAGAUCUUAUUAUGGACAGCUGAGCCUUUACCUAUAGGUAGUUCUAGUUGACCAUCUUGUACACAUUUUUCAUGGACAUUGAGGUGUUAGGAAAUUCUUUUACUGAUGGGGUUAGGGGCAUCUUAACCAUCACUGUUCAGAUGUCCGUUUCUCAUGUGCCAAUUCUAUUUCAUAAAUGUGUUGCUUGCUGUGUGUCUUCUCUAGUUUCAAGCAUUUGUAAGUACAUCAUUCAGUCAUCUAUAACAUAAAUGCAUUUAAAUCUAA